UCGAAAAAAAUUAUUGCUGUUUUAAAAGUUCACGCAUUGAACGGAGUAUCUAAAUUAAAGAAAUUAACAAUAAUUAUUUCUUUAAUUCAAAACAUUGGGUUUAACGCUAACAUCAACAUGAGCUGGCAAGAGUAUAUGGACAAUCACCUUUUGUCUUCGAAAUGUAUAGAUAAAGCUUGCAUCGCGGGGUUGGAUGGGAAUGUUUGGGCUCAGUCAAAAGACUUUGCAGUCACAAAGGAUGAACUGUCAAUGCUGAUUUCUGGUUUCGAAAAUAUGAACGUGCUCGUCAAUAAUGGUGUUAAUCUGGCCGGACAGCGCUUUAUAUACAUAUCAGGUAGUGAUAGCAUUGUCCGUGCCAGAUUAGGAAAAGAUGGAGUACACUGCAUGAAGACAAAACAAGCAGUCAUCGUUUCUACAUACAAUGAUCCCAUCCAACCCCAGCAGGUCGCUAUGGUAGUGGAGAAACUUGGCGAACACUUACUAAACUGCGAUUAUUAACUAUAAAUUUGUAUAUAACCA